UUUAUUAUUUUUAAUUAAAAAAUACAGAAAAAUAAAUAAACUAUUCCUCAGCUUACACUCGUGGUUGAUUUUUGUUGUUGUUUUGUUGCCGACUAAACUGUCAAAAAUAGCAGCUGACUUUUUGUGUUACAGCAUUGCCAGAGAUAAUGGAUUUUUAUUGCAAGAGAAAGACAGGGUGCUUACAAAAAUUAUGUGCAUUUUGUUGUACUCAAAAAAGAGAUCUGUUGAGAAAUGAUAAUUUUGAAAAAACCAUAGAAAUUUAUCCAAGAAUUGUUAUUUUGAAGAAAAUGAAAGUUGGAGAAGUUUAUUGUGAAACGAUAACAAUACGGAAUACUGGAAAUCUUUCUAGAAAACUAAAAUUCGUUACUGAACCAAAUGACGAUGUAACAUUCGAAAUGAAUGGAAACACACUAUUGAAACCUGGAUUGUGCGUUUCUAUUGAUGUUGUUGUGGCAGCAACUAAGAAAAAACUAGUCAAUAAAAGUCGUUAUUUUUUCGUAAUAGCUGAGCAUCCGGAUAUUGUAUGGGAAAUACCUUUCAUAGUUUUGAAGAAAGACCAAGAAAUGCACAUACCGGAAAUUAUUUGCCUAGCAAAAGUUCCAGCAAAUACAAUUUCUAAUUACCAAUUUAUAAUUUAUAAUCCUCAGAAUGAUGGAAUCACAUUCUCAAUUUGUUCAAACUUUGAAGGCCUAACUAUAAAACCUAUUUCUGGAACUAUACCAGCCAAAGAAUUCUCCAAGAUUCUUAUAGUGGGAAAAGUUCCAGCCAAGUCAAUUACAUCAAGUAUCUUGGUGACUUUGAAAAAUGGAAAGUCCUUUAAAAUAUAUGUACAAAUGGAACCAUCGAAUCAGUUGAUUCAUUUGAGUACUAGUGAAUUGAUAUUCGAAGACACUUUCAUGGGCUUAAAAAGUCAGAAAAAUAUAUUUAUAUGCAAUAGAAGCAAUGAGUGUGUCAGUUUUCAGUGGGGCUGUAAUCAAAUAAAUGAAGAAAACGAUACAGAUGACAAGACAGAUGAACAGCUUAUCGUCUCAGAUUUUAUAACUAUUAGAAAUAAGCGUGGAUGUGUGCCUGCAAUGAAUUCUAUUCUCUCGAUCUUCACUUUUACUCCACCAAAAAACUUUCAAAUUAAUGAGGACGAUGACGAGUCACAAUUUCAAGUUAAUACCGUUGUCUAUUUAUUUUGUCCUAUUAUGGGCCCUCAAUCAUAUAGAGUUAAUAUUAUUGGAAGGAUUCUUGGACCCAAUAUUGAAAUAACUCCUGUGGAAAUAAAUAUUGACAAACUUUAUAUGGGCCAAAUUCGUUGCAUCGCAUUCGAAAUACUAAAUAAAGGACCAAUUGCAGGUGAAAUUUAUUUCAAACGUCACACUGAUGAAAAAGAAAUCAACUGUACAGUGACACCUUCAUCUGUUUAUCUCAGACCAGAUGCAAAGAAAUCAGUUCAAUUAAGUUUUUAUCGACGCGAUGUUGGAAAAUUCUUAACAAAACUCAUUUUUAAAAUUAAAUCAGGAGAUGUUCUUUCAAUUUUACUAAGAGGAACAUCUCUGCCAACGAUUGUGAAAGUUUAUCCCGAAAUAAUUGAGUUUGGACAAAUUCCAAUCUGUAUACCCCAAAAGGAUUCAAUAACAAUAUUUAACCCAUUGCCUGUAUCUGUUGUUGUGGAGCCUAAGAUAAUUGAUAAAGGAGUUGAAAAUCCUUUGAUAUUGUGUGUGGAUGAUUUGAACUUACCUCUAAACACAAGAACUACAACAUACUAUAGCAAAUGCCAUGAAGAAUUUGGAGAAGAAGAGCUUCAAAAUUGUAUUUCAGAUUUUGGAUCAAUCGAAGAAUCUCUUAGCGCUAGAACGAACAUCAGUAGCAAAAUAAGCUCUUUGUUUCAAAAUAAAGUGCUAGAUGAAAUUCCAUCGAUGACUAAUGAGCUUUUACAAAAUUUAAAAAGCAUUCAUUCACAAAAUCAAAUAGAAGCUGGAAUGAAAAUUAUCGAUGAAUCUCUGAAUUGUAUUUUAAAUCAUUGUGAUUAUUUUCAAGAGCUUAGAGAUAACAAGAAUUAUCUAAAGAAGGACUGGAAAGCUCUACCAUGUGAUGCUAAAGAAGUGGCAAUUGUAGAGGAACGUUUCUAUUUGGAACCAAAUAAAUCCAAAACUUUACCAGUUUUCCUGGUUCCAAAUAGUUGUGGGCCAAGUACUAAAACUAUACAAUUCAAAGUAUAUCCUAUGGGCGAAGACUAUUCUGAAAUCAAUGAUACUAUAAACUCAAUGCAUAUGGUCAGUACUCUACGACUCCAAUACAAGUGUAUGAUUCCCAUAUUGGAAUUCAACAAUGAUAUCACUUUUCCUCAACCGCUAUACGUAGAUAUGGAAAAUAGUUUUACAAUGUAUUUCAAAAACAUUGAUUCUGUACCUGGAUUUGUUUAUUUUAAAGUGAUUCCAAUUGAACAGUGCGGUAAAAUUACUGUCAACAAAAACCAACAAAAAUUCUUUAUUGCUCCUGGUGAAAAAGCUGAAGUGGCCUGUUCUGUGGUAUUUCGAAAAGUUGGAAAUAUUGUUCUGCAUGGAAUAUUUCAAUUGGUCGGUAAGUUAUUAGACCAUUCUUUUAAAAUAGAAGCAAAAUUGCUUCCCCCAGAAAUCGAAAUUUCAACAAAGAAAAUAUUUGCAAAACAAGAAGUUCUUCAGUUGACUAGAACAAGAAUUUUUAUUACAAAUACUUGUCCUUCGGUAGCUCAAUUUACUUUGUCAUUGAAACAUGAAACACAUCAAUUUUUGGAACCCCAAGGAGCCAGUUUGGCGCCCAAUCAAAAAGUUCUUGUAUCAAUUUUUUCAAAGUUUUUGGAUCCAGGAUUAUACAAAAAUAUUCUUUACUUAAAUCUUAAACAUUCUGAUAAUAAACUAAUACCAAUUACAUUCUCUGUUGAAGGAAUUCCACUAGAGUUCGAACCAAACAUAAAACUUGGCCUAGACUUUGGAACUGUUUUCAGAAAUAAUAAAAUUCAAGAACAUACAAUUAAUAUUAAAAACUUAGGAGAAAAAGCAUAUACAAUCAAUUUUCAAAACAAAAUUUCUAAAAAACUUGAAAUAGUUCCUAAAUCUGUUUUAAAUAUUGAACCAAAAUUCUUAACUAUACCAGCAAAUGCACAGAAAACAUUUAAUAUACAACUUGAUAUCUCAAAAGAGAUAAUUUUUGAAGAAGAAUAUUGUGUCAAUAGCGUAGAUGAAGCAAAACAUCGGUUCAAAUUGUUUGAUUUUGAAGUGAAGUGCAUUGUUAUUGAAUGUAAGAUUUUGUGGAGCAAAAAUGAAAUUCGAUUUAAAGAAAAUGGAGACAAAGCAGUUGAGGUGAUUUCUCUUAUAAAUACUACACAUUUCGUUGGAAAUGUCAGUUUAAAUGUGCAAGGGUACUUCUUAUUAGGAACAAAUUCAACAGCCGUAACAGACAAAUCUCUGGAUUUUUCCAUUCAAGGAAAAUCAAGUAAAGAAAUCUACGUUAGUCUAAACGAAAGAGAAGUAGAUGAACCCAAUCUUAUUUGUCAGUGUUUAAAGGGAUAUAUUAAGUGUAAAGUCAACAAUAAGACCCAGAAAUCCCUUCCAUUGCACGUUAAAAUUGUAAAUCCCGGCCUUCGAAUCUGCAAUCCUAAAGUUACAUUUUUCACUCCCUACGCUGAUUCUUUCGCUCAUAUAAACAUUCACAAUUGUAGUCUCAAAAAUGCCAAGUUUAUUUGGAGAGAAAUAGAAUCAAUUCUUGACAAAAAUAUUUCUGAAUGCAAUGUUGAACAAAUGUAUUCAAAAACAAUAUCUGAACUGGUUCUUUCUUUGCCAGAAGUAAACCUUCCAAAAUUUCCAAAUUCUAUUAAGCAUCAAAAUACAGAAGUUUUUAUUUGUGAUGAAGGUGAUGAAUCUUCAGAUGAAGAAAAUGAAUCAUCUUCUCUAAGUGUUCAUGAUUUAAAACGGAAACUUAGUUUAAUGAGUUCAAAAACUGAAGAAUAUAGUAAAUCUUCUACAUCACUGACAACAACUACUGUUCACUCCCAAAGGAGUCUUAUUCAACGAACUAGUUCCUGUAAAGCAUUACCAAUUUCACAAGCUCAAGUUCAAAAUAUUGGAAUAAAUGAUAUAUUAGAAAACUUAGGAUUGUUGAGUUUAGAGCCUGUUAACACUAUUUGUAAAGAUAAUGGUUUAAUCAUUGGUGAUACAAAUUGCAUAGACAAGAAAAAUUUAGAAGAAUCGUAUAAAAUUGGAUUUCAACAAAAGACUGGACAAAUUUCAUCUCAAUCAAUGUUUCAAACAUAUGUUUUUUUACCAACAUUGCCUGAAGAUAAAACUCUUGAGUGUAAAUAUGGCCUUGAAGUGUUUGGUGGUCAAACUGAAUUUCUGGAUAUGACAAUAACAAAUCAAAAAGGAAGGAUUCAAGUCUCCAGCACAAGCAUUAAUCUCGGAUCAAAUAUUUGGUACAAAAUGAUUAUAGACAAAAUAAAAAUCACAAGUCUGAGUCCUUGGGCUACAAAGAUAACAGUUAUUGAAAAUGACGAUGUCUCAAACGAAAAGAGUAGUUUUGCUAAUGGUUUUGUUGAAAUUAUUUCUCCAAAAGAAUUCAUCCUACCACCAAAAACAAGCAUGAAUAUCGAAUUCAAAGCCGCAACGGGUUUGAAUCAACAUUUUUCUAUGGACAUUGGCCUGGAAAUAAAUAAAAAUUCGACUUCCAUUCCGAUUAAUUUUCGUGGAUCAGGAGUUCUUCCAUUGCUCAGACCUUUAAACCUUACUAGAACUACUCAAAUAUUAAUUAAUAUAACAGAAAAUUAUUUAUAUUUGCGUGAUUUAUAUAACGAUAUUCAAAAAGAGUAUAUUGAGGAUAAUAAAAAAAAGGAUGACACUGCACAGUUAAAAGCUGUUGGGAAGGAUGAGAUAGUGGAAGAAAAUGAAAUAACCCGAAAUAAAAUACAGAAACGAAAUAAAGCCAGAGAAUUUGUUUGGCUCAAUUAUUCAGAAGAAAAAUAUCCUGGAGUAGAACAUAUUGAAAGAUUUUUAGAAACAGAAAAACUACUGUCCGCUCUUAACAAAUCAAACGAUUUAAAAACAACAUUUCAGCAAUUUUACCACAGAUGUAUGCAUAAUCGCGCAAUGGAAUUUGAUCCGGUCGUUAAUUUGAAGCUCACAAUCUGCCGUCCAAUUCCUUGGGAGUUUUCUGCUUUCGGUUUAGAUAUGAAGACUUUCAAAAUUAACGAAACAAAAACUUUUGAUAUUGAACUUGUCUUCGAAGGCCCAGGAAAAUUGUUUCUGUCAUGUAGAAGUCGAGCUGUAAUACCUGGAGUCAAAGCUUUAUUUGAAGUUUCGCAGGAUAAAAGGUAAGAAUUUUUUAUACAAAAC